AUGAGCGAAAAACUUUCACGAUUAAAGGCAAUACGAGGCGGUCACCGCAGCGUCGUUACAAAACACGAAAAGGAAGCUACAACGAUAAUAACGGACGAGAUUAUAACGAAAGACGAUGUGUCACGAAUCCAAGUCAUCCAAUGUUUGUUAGCGGAAAAACUGAAGACAUUAAAUACGAUAGAUCAAGAUGUUUUGACCCUUUGUUCAGAGGCAGAAAUCGAAAAAGAAAUCGAAGAUUCCGAAGCAAUAGUCGCACGAAUAAUGGGCGUAAACAAUGCCAUCGCGGAGAGAAUAAAACAAUACGAACAGCCGAGUCAAGUAGUAACAGGUGAGUCGAUUAUCUCACAAAUUUCGAUGCAUAAUAUGGCUACUGGCGUUACAAGUAGUGUAGAAUCGAAGCCAGCGAAACCAAAAUUACCGAAACUAAAUUUGCCCAAAUUCAAAGGGGACGUGACUUCUUUCACGACAUUUUGGGAAAUUUUCGAAAGCGCUAUUGAUAAAAACGAGGGAUUAGCUGACAUUGACAAAUUUAAUUAUUUACACUCGCUAUUAGAAGGACCGGCCUCUAGGGCAAUACAGGGACUUGCCUUGACGUCUGCGAAUUAUAAAACGUCUAUUGAAAUAUUAAAACAAAGAUUUGGCCGACCCCAACAAAUAAUAUCAUCACACAUGGACGAACUAUUAAAGGUUCCAAUUUGUUCUGACGACAAGGCUUCAUCUAUGCGUUUAGUAUACGACCGAAUUAACACUAAUAUAAGAGGAUUGGAGUCAAUAGGCAUUAAAUCAGAUCAAUAUGGGAGUCUUUUAAUCCCAGUAAUAAUGUCAAAAUUACCGAGCGAAAUUCGAUUGAUUAUAGCGAGAAAAUCGGAACAUGACGUGUGGAAAAUUGACGAUUUAAUGAAAACCAUCCUUAGCGAAGUGGAAGCACGAGAAAUUAGCGAACGAGUUAAAACAACAAAUGAAAGAAAAUCGAACUUUCCAAAUAAUCGUAGUCCAAACCAAUACCGAAAUAAUAACCCAGGUACCUCGUCAGCGUUGUAUAGUCGCGAGGGAGACAAUACGUAUAAUUCAAAUAAAAUUCGAUGUGCUUAUUGUCAUGAUUUCCAUUUCUCCGCCUCAUGUGAAAAGAUAAAGGAUCCCAAACAACGAAAGGAAAUUUUAAGAAAAGAAGGACGGUGUUUUGUUUGUUUACGAAUCGGACAUAGAGGAUCAGAGUGUCAAAGAACAUGUCGAAGGUGCAAUGGCAAACAUCAUCAGUCAAUUUGUAUGAAAUCCACUGACAAGAAUACAAGCAACCAACAAUCUCGGGAACAGGAGAAUUCAAAGAAAGAUCAAGCUUGGGAAAGAAACAAGGAAUUGCAUAAGCCAAAUGCGACAGAGAAGGAUGCUGAAUCAACUGAAGAAGUCAAGACAACGACCACAACUGACCAACGGAGGUCUUCAGUUUUACUUCAAACGGCAACUGCAUAUGCUUACAACAACGCCAAUUCAAAACGAACCAAAAUACGGAUGCUGUUUGAUUCAGGAAGUCAACGUUCCUAUAUAACGAAUGAACUGAAAGAAAAACUGGAUCUCAAACCGAUAAAGCAAGAAACCCUGCAUUUGAACACCUUUGGAGAGGAAGGAUUCAAACGACAAAAAUGUGAUAUGUUCUCUCUGCAAUUGCAGGGAGAGGACGGUGAAUUAGACAUUGAAUUAUCAGCCUUGGCAUUUCCAGUCAUUUGUUCCCCUGUGUCAACAAGAAUUAACAUUCAAGAAUUUCCCCAUUUAGACGGACUGCAGUUUGCUGAUAACUUGGACGGAGAAGAUCAACCGAUUGACAUGCUCUUGGGAGCUGACUACUAUUACAAGAUAGUCACAGGUGAAGUUAUCAAAAGCGAUACUGGUCCAACAGCUGUGGGAAGUAAGCUGGGAUGGCUACUUCUUGGUCCUACGUCGACAACAACAUCAUUACACACUAUGUCACACCUUGUUAUUGAUGGACGGAGAGAAAUGUUAUUCGAAGAGAAAGGAAAUGACGAAUUAGUUAGUAAUUUAAAACGAUUUUGGGAUUUGGAGUCAUUAGGGAUUGUGCAAAGAGAUGAAGGUUCAGUUUCCACUGAUAUUUUACGAGACAUAACAUUUAAUGGAAAACGCUAUGAAGUGGGCUUGCCCUGGAAAGAGGAGGUAUUUUCCCUCUCUAAUGAUUACGAGUUAUCUUACAAUCGCCUUACUUCAUUGGUGAAUCGUUUAAAGCAAGACCCAACUUUACUCAAGGAGUAUAAUUCUAUUAUUGAGGAACAAAUUGAGCAAGGUAUCGUGGAAAGAGUUCCUGUCGAAAAAGAAGACAAUUCUGCAACACAUUAUAUACCUCAUCAUGGGGUUAUUCGAAAUGAUCGAGAUACAACAAAGCUUCGUAUAGUUUUUGAUGGCAGUGCCAAAGAAAGGAAUAACGAACAGUCCUUGAAUGAUCAUUUGUUGAACGGACCAAAUUUCAUACCUCCAAUAUUCGACGUCCUUGUUAAAUUCAGAUCACACGCCAUUGGACUAACUGCUGAUAUCGAAAAAGCGUUUCUCCAAAUUGAGAUCAAGGAAUCAGAUCGAGACAAGCUUCGGUUCUUGUGGAUUAAAGAUAUUAAUUCAAACGAGUUAAAGGUGCAACAAUUACGAUUUUGCCGCCUUGUUUUUGGUCUCAAACCAAGUCCAUCAAUCUUAGGUGGUACAGUUCUUCAUCAUAUAUCCAAGUACCAAGAAACUGAGCCUGAAAUUGUUGAAGUUUUAAAGGAUCUAUACGUCGACGACCUUCCAACUGGUGCACCGGAUGAUGGGACUGCUUUCGAAAUUUACCAGAAAUCAAAACAAAUCAUGAAAGAAGGGGGAUUCAAUUUGCGAAAAUGGAAAUCCAGCUCUAAGGAACUGUCGGAAAGAAUAAAUGAAUGUGAAAGGGUCAACGAGUUAACAACUGAAGCGAAGGAAUGUUCGAGUCCAACAGAAAAUGUUAGUGUGUCCCAAGACAACCAAACGUAUGUGAAAUCGACGAUCGGCCCACAACUUCCUGACGACAGCAAGGCAAAGAUUCUCGGAGUCAACUGGAACGUAGAAACCGACAGUCUGUAUUACGAAUUUAAUGAAAUUCAACGUUAUGCUCGCACUUUACCUCCGACGAAACGAACUGUUUUAAAGCUAGUUGCCAAGAUAUUCGAUCCGUUGGGACUUUUAAGUGCAUUCACUAUUAAAUUAAAGAUGAUGUUCCAGUCUAUGUGUAAGGAUAAGACAGAUUGGGAUGAAGAAUUACGCGGCGAGAUGCGUGUAUUUUACGAUGAACUUGUUAAUGAAUUAACCCAUCUUAAUGGUGUUUCUGUUCCAAGAUGCUAUUUUUCUCGAAGUUCCAAUAUCAGAGAUUAUCAAUUGCAUGGAUUUUCAGAUGCAAGUGAGAAAGCUUACGCCGCUGUUGUGUAUUUACGAACGAAGUACGAUGAUGAACACGUAGAUGUAAACCUAGUCGCCUCAAAGAGCAGAGUUGCUCCAAUCAAACAACAAACAAUACCUCGCCUAGAACUUUUGGGGGCUACAAUUUUAGCUCGCCUCGUUGAAAACAUUUCAUCCUCUCUCAUGCCUACUUUAGGUAAACUAGAGAAAUUCUAUUGGGUUGAUUCCUCUGCAGUUCUUUGUUGGAUAAAGAACAAUAAACCCUGGAAACAAUUCGUCCAACACCGAGUGCAAGAAAUUAGAAAGUCUUCGUCUAAAGACGCCUGGCGAUUUUGUCCUGGAUCAAAGAAUCCGGCCGAUUUGCCAUCUCGAGGGACUACAGGAACAGAUUUGAAGUCGAACGAAGCCUGGUGGAAAGGGCCUGAAUUUCUGCAACGUCCUGAAGAAGAAUGGCCAAAUGACUUGGCUUGUGAGAACACUGAUCCAAUUGCAAUCGCAGAAGUUACGAAACACAAAACUGCUGUUAUUCAUAGUUUAGCCAACCAAGCGAAGCCGUUAAAUUCAGACAUCAGUAUUGUUAUUGACUGUCAGCGCUUCAGUACUAAAAAGAGAUUAUUGAGAACAACUGCCUACUUAUUACGAUUCGUUAAGUUUUUACGCAAAGAGAAAAUUCAAAGAGAAAAAGUUAUGGAAAGAGAAAACGCAGAGACAGCUGAAAAGGAUAGAACGUCCGAACUGUCAACACUCGAACUGAGACAAGCAGAAGAAUUAUGGAUUCAAGCAGUUCAAAGAAAUUCAUUUGAGGAAGAACUUAAGUUUUUAUCGAGUAACAAAGUUUCGACACCUCCGACUUACGUUUCACAGUUUGGAUUAUAUGUUGAUGAGCAAUCGUUGAUUAGAUGUGCUGGACGAAUAAAGAAUGCCCAUCUCCCAAACUCGAGCAAAUGUCCGGUUUUGCUGCCGAAGAACCACCACUUUACCAAUUUAGUCAUACAAGAAGUCCAUCAUCGAACAAGUCACAGCGGUAUAAAUCAAACUCUUUCGUCGUUGCGUGAGCAAUUUUGGAUCAUUCGGGGAAGGGAGAUCGUCAAGAAGAACGUUCGAAGAUGUGUAGUCUGUAAAAGAAACGAAGGUCGACCUUAUAACCCUCAAGUACGACCAGAUUUACCCAGUUUUAGAGUUGAUGAAGCACCGCCAUUUGCGCACACUGGUCUAGACUUCUUAGGGCCUCUGUAUGUCUCGAAGAAGAGCGACGCACAAGAUGCAAUUUCAUCUGAAAAGACGUACGUUUGUUUAUAUACUUGUGCCUCUACAAGAGCAAUUCAUCUCGAACUUACACCCGACCUUACGGUGCCAUCGUUCUUGAGAAGCUUUCGAAGAUUUGUCAGUCGAUUCGGAUUACCUGCAACCUUAAUAUCAGAUAACGCCAAAACGUUCACGUCGGCGUCACGCGAAGUAAAGAACGUUAUUAGAUCGGUCGAAGUUCAACGUCAUCUUACAAAUCAAGGAGUUAACUGGCAAUUUAUCGUUGAACGUGCCCCUUGGUGGGGCGGGUUUUGGGAACGUAUGGUACGAACUGUAAAGGGAGUUCUCAAAAAGGUCAUUGGUCGUUCGAGCCUUAAUUAUGAUGAACUGUAUACCAUUCUUACUGAAGUCGAAUCUAUCGUGAAUGAUCGCCCGAUAACGUAUGUAUAUGACGACGUGGAGUCAAUAUCAUAUGCAUUGUCACCAUCCCAGUUAGUGUAUGGUCGAAGACUCGCGAGCACGCCAAACAGCGCUCAUUUUGAGUCCGUUAGUACGUGUAGCAGUUUAACAAGACGAGCGAAGCACCACAGAAGAAUUCUAGAACAUUUUGUAAACCGUUGGCGUCGAGAAUACCUAUUGAGUUUACGUGAAAAGUCAAGAGUAAAUGCAAACCGACAGAAUAUCGCAGCCAUUUCCGUGGGUGAUAUCGUGAUUAUUAUGAACGAAAAAACAAAACAACAAUUCUGGAAAUUGGCCAGAGUGGAAGAUCUUUUACCAGGUCAAGAUGGAGUAGUUCGAGCAGCAAGAGUAAGAGUAGCGUGUAGUGAAGGCAAACCAAACGUUCUCCGACGUUCAAUUGAGCAACUUAUUCCUCUUGAAGUUACCGAAAGAUUGGAAGAAACGGAAGGGGAAGCAGACGAAGGGGAAGACAAGGAACCCGAGCAAGAAACAAAGGAACUUAAUAAAAAUGAACACUCACGACCGCGCAGAGAAGCAGCGAGAGCUAGCGAAACGAGAAGAAAGGAAUUAGUAAAAAAUAAACUUCUUUAA